CCGCUCGCCCCGCACGCCGCCCUCGGCUGCCGCAGCGCCUCCCCGCUCUGGGGCCGGCACCGGCACCGGCAUCGGGAUCAGCUCCGGGCCCGGCGGGCGCCUACCCCGCGCCCCUCCGCCGCCGCGCUCCCGCGGGGUGCCCGUCGCCUCCUCCUCCUCCUCGUCCUCCUCCUCUUUCUCCUCGCCGUCCUGCGGCCGCCGCCGCGCUCGGCCAUGUCGAUGCUGCCGUCGUUUGGCUUCACGCAGGAGCAGGUCGCCUGCGUGUGCGAGGUGCUGCAGCAAGGGGGGAACCUGGAGAGGCUGGGCCGCUUCCUCUGGUCGCUGCCGGCCUGCGACCACCUGCACAAGAACGAGAGCGUCCUCAAGGCCAAGGCGGUGGUGGCCUUCCACCGCGGCAACUUCCGCGAGCUCUACAAGAUCCUAGAGAGCCACCAGUUCUCGCCCCACAACCACCCCAAGCUGCAGCAGCUCUGGCUGAAGGCGCACUACGUGGAAGCCGAGAAGCUGCGGGGCAGACCCUUGGGCGCCGUCGGCAAAUACCGCGUCCGCCGAAAAUUCCCUUUGCCCCGCACCAUCUGGGACGGCGAGGAAACCAGCUACUGCUUCAAGGAGAAAUCCCGGGGCGUGCUGCGGGAAUGGUACGCCCACAACCCCUACCCGUCCCCCCGGGAGAAGCGGGAGCUGGCGGAAGCCACCGGUCUCACCACCACCCAGGUCAGCAACUGGUUCAAGAACAGAAGGCAGCGGGACCGAGCGGCGGAGGCGAAGGAAAGAGAGAACACGGAAAACAACAACGCGGCCACCAACAAACCGAACCAACUCUCGCCUCUGGACGGGAGCAAACCGCUCAUGUCCAGCUCCGAGGAAGAGUUUUCUCCUCCCCAAAGCCCGGAUCAGAACUCGGUCCUGCUCUUGCAGGGGAACCUCAGCCACGCCAGGAGCUCCGGCUAUUCCCUGAGCGGCUUGGCCGCAUCCCAGACCCCGCACAGCCUGCAAGGCCACCAGCUCCAGGACUCGCUGCUGGGACCCCUCACGUCCAGCCUGGUGGAUCUGGGAUCCUAAAGGGCCUCGCCGGAGGAUCGGGAGAGGAGGUUCUGCUCGGGGACAGAGGCUCUGGGUUGUACAUAGAGGACAGCACCCGGUUUUACAGGUCACCCGCUGAUUGCUAACGGGACUCUCGUCUCUUUUCACACAGCCCCCCACCGGCUCUUGCUCCAGCUCCCCCUCAGCGUCUCACACUGUCACCACGAUUUUUUAAUUUUUUUUUUUCCACGUAGCCAAACGCAGAGAGCGGCAAUAACCCUCAUCGGCCCUUCGAGUUCAAACGAGUUGGUCCCAACGGGAAUUAC